AUGAAGAGAGCAAUUGACGCCUUAGUUGUUCUAGCAGGUAAGGUUUCAGAAUAUAACGCAAAAAUGAACCCGCAAUGUUCUAAAUGUAAGGCAGCAAUUAGGAAAUAUAACUACUCAGUCAAAGAGAUAGAACGUAUGAGAAACGACUAUGCAGAUUUAAAGAAAGAAGCAGAAAAGCCAGCAGAAGAUAAAAUGGACAUGUUAGAAUUUCUGAACAAAAACUAUCCAACUGCUGACGAUUUCCUUCUAUCUGACGUCAAGAAGAAGUAUAAAGAGACUUUCGGUAUCGUUAAAACAUUCGAUAUCCUCAGCGAAGAAAUAGAAGCUACAAAACUGUUUAGAGUCUCACGAAUUCAUAACGUUUACCAUGUAAAACGCUUAUAA